GCCUCAUAGACAUCCGCUACAACUUACUUUACAUCAUUAGGUUGACAUGUGUGUGUGUGUGUGUGUGCCUUUACAGAAGCUAUGACGGCGAAAUGCAUGCACAUUUAGUGUGUGGUUUUGUGGGAUAGUUUGGCGUUGCUGCAGGCUCGGGUAGGUCUGGUCUGUGGCUGGCUGCUCAGUUUCUGAUUGACAGGGUUGAGGGGUGGAGACGCAGGGUGGGGUCACAAGCAGGGAGAGGCGGAGGAGAAACGAAGAGAGAGAGCCCAACCCUGUACACGGCAACAACACACCGAGAGAGAGAGAGACUUUACUGGUGAAGGAAAGAGGAAUAGUCGACGCCGUGGAUAUGAUCUAAAAUAAUAUCCGAAGAGGCAAACAAUACAACUUUCUCCCAAAUAGCAAAUUGAUUCGAAAGGUGGAAAACUGCCAAAAAGAUUACUAUUAUUCAAAUUCACCCCACCCGAUCGACCCCCCCUCUACUCCACCCCUUCAGCGCUGCACCCUAGCUACCGAGAUGCACACCGAGACUCGAAGCAAGAAAUGCCAGUCGAGUCCUAAGAAGGCCAGCAGUGGUGCCAGCUCCCAGUCCCAACCACAUCCCAAGGAGCCCCAACCCAAGAAGGAGCCCCAACCCAAGGUUCCCAAGAAGGAACCCAAGACAGAGCCCCAGACCCAGGAGGAAGAAGAAGACAUGCCCUCAGUACACAUCAAACCAGAACCAGAGGAGGUGGAGUGCACGCAAGCUGAAGUGGGUGAGGAGUGUCCCCAGCCUACAGACCUGAAGAUCAAGACAGAGAAGACCCAGCCUGAGUCUCCCCCUCCCCUCUGCACAGCCACAGACAUGACCAUAGACACAACCACAACAGACACAACAAAAGAUGACUCCUUCCACCCCCCAGAGGACCAGACGGAACCUGUCGACCUGUCACUUGGCAAGCCACGCCCCUCCCUGCCCGUUUCCACACCGUCCACCACAGCUAACCCCGCCCCCAGCUCCGUGGCGCCGCCUACGCUGUCGGCAAACCACAUCCCUACGGUAACCAUUCUAGACACCAUGAUGCUCUCCCCAGGGUCCAUCCUAGCGUCCACCCAGGGGGCAGGCGGUCAGCAGAUCCUGCAUGUUAUCCACACCAUCCCGUCAGUCAACAUGCCCAGUAAGAUGGGCCAGCUGCAGACCAUCCCCGUGGUGGUCCAGUCUCUGCCCUUGGUCUAUACCACCAUGCCCACAGAUGGGGUGGCCACCGCUGCCAUCACAGUGCCCCUCAUCGGGAGCGACGGGCGCUCUGAGGGAUCCGUGCGAAUCAAGCCUGGCUCGGCGUCUCCAGUGGAGUACCAGAGUGACAGUGAUGUGGAGAGUGGGACAGAGUCGGGUUCAGCGUCCUUCAGUACACAGGGACUGGAUACUGGGUCGGGCGUAGACAUGGACAUGCAGGUGGAUCCUGAUUCGCCAGAUAUGAAGAGGAGGCGUGUCCAUAUGUGUGACUAUGACGGCUGUAACAAGGUGUACACAAAGAGCUCACACCUCAAAGCCCACCGCAGGAUACACACAGGAGAGAAGCCGUACCACUGUACAUGGGAGGGCUGUACCUGGAGGUUCGCCCGGUCAGACGAGCUGACGCGACACUACCGCAAACACACGGGCAUCAAGCCUUUCCGCUGCACCGACUGUGACCGCUCCUUCUCCCGGUCCGACCACCUAGCCCUGCACCGGAGACGCCACGUCAUGAUGUGAACCAUGACCUCUGACCCCUGAUCUUUAAACCCUGCCACCUACCACCAUCGCCCCCCCAACCCAUCACCUCCCUGCCCAUCCCCCCCUCAGUACUCAAAUGAAACUCAGAUGGGAGGGGCUAAACCCUGAACUGUCACUUCCUGUUCCUGUCCCUUUUCUCCUCGUCCUCCAAUUUGAACUGUGGGUCAUCAUGGAGAUCAGGAAAUUAAAGAGGUGGAGAACGAAGAUUGCAAAGUAAGCGAUGAGAGCAGUUCAUUGUUGUUACUUGGUUGCCUAGCACCUGAAGGGGUAGUCCACCACUCUUCACAGCCACCUUCGCCCCAAUGCUUACCAUCUCAUCUCUCCCUCACACCCCACUCAGUGUGACCAUGGCGUGACGCCAUCCUCCUCUAUGGCUCCCAAUCCAUCCAGAAGACAGAUCAGUGAAGACAAACCAGUGAAGCCUGACUGGGAUACUGCAGUGAGAAAGAGACAGACAGGCUGGACUGAGAGAGACAGAGAACAGACUUUGAAAUGAUGCAGGGAUACCUACACCAUACACUCAGCUCAGAGGAAGAAGAUGAGGAAGGAGGAAGACGGAGAGGAGGUGGUGAAGGGGGCGGGGAAGGAUAUGUGGCUUUUGUGUGUUGUUUGUUUAUUUCAGAGGGGAAGAUACUGUAUUUUCUUUCUCAACUUCUGUUAUCCUGCAUUGCAUGCAUGGGCUUAGCUGUGUGUGUGUGUGCAUAGCUUUAAGUGUGUGUGUGUGUGAGCGUUAGUGAAGUGUGUGCUAUUUAAAGACAGUUGAAGAUGCAUCAUGUCCUCUCCUCCAUAUCCUUUCCUGAGCAGAGUCCGCAGACCCCUCGGGGUGUGUGGGGUAGAAAUGUUAUAGUCGUAUUCAACCCGCCCUCCACUUCCCCCAUCCCCUAAAACAGGGAGCUACAAGACUGUGAAUUGUUAUUAAGAUUCUGUUUUCCUCAUAGUUUCAAUUAGAAAUGAAUUUAUGUUCACUUCCCCACAUUUUUUACGUGUUUGUUCAGUAACAGUAUUUGUGUUGUUAAAAAAAAAGGCCUUCUGUUGUUCUUUUCUUUUUCUCUUUGCCAGUGAUUGGCUCUUAACAGAAUAACAUCCCUUCUUUUUUUUGUCUAAUUCAAAUCCUUAGAUUGUGUUUGAGGCUGUGAAAGCAUAAAGAAAAAAAAGUUUGAGAUUACAAACGAAACUCUCGCAGGGAUCUAGGGGAGCUUGAGUGUGUGUUUUGUGCGUGUGUAUGGACGUGUGUGUGUGUGUGUGGAACAAAUAAUCAGAACUGAUGAUUUUAGAAGUGUGUGUUUGGGGCAGCAGUGUGUUACCUCUUGCCCGUCGGAGCCUUAAUGAAUCAAAGUCAAUCUGAGAAACUCUGUUUUUAGAAACGCACGUUUGUUUUGGUCUUCAGGGUUACCCGGGAAACGGGGUCUUAUCGCCCUGACAACAGGUCACGAGGCACUCUCUUUUUUGUUACAAGCAUUUCUACCCAGACCCAGAUCAGGGCUUGUA